AAGUUUCAGAUCUUUUGCUGGAGUCCCGUGAACGGAGUUGUGUCGCACACCGCCAUCACCACCGUUGCAUGCCAAUUUUCAUUCAGAACCUUCUUUCUUGCUUUCGAAUGACUUAAUCUAUUUAUUUUCGCUCGGAUAGUAGGAUUAUUUCUAGCUGUUUUUCUACCACACUAAAGGUAUGAAAUUUUCCUGGAAUUUGUCCAUCUAAAAAUGUGUUUCUGCAGGAGAUAUGGAGUUGAAGAUUCUUCAGCCACUACCAAACUUUCUUCGAAUCAACAAUCUUACACCAACCGAACAGUUUGCCUUCUGGUCUUCCCUUAGUACUAGGGAGUUGAUCGAAAAUAAUAACAACAGCAGCAAUAAAAACAUAAACAACAAUAAUAAUAUUAAUAAUGCAUCAGACAUAGCUGCUAGGAGCAAGAGAUUGGGAAAACCGGGCCGGAAACCUGUCCGUGAUCUAAAUAAGCCUUUUCAGUGCGAAACGUGCGAGUACUCAUCGAAGUCCAAGUCAAACUUCACUAUCCAUAUGAGAAUUCAUACCGGCGAAAAACCGUUUACAUGCCCUGAGUGUGACUAUGCCACCUCACAAAAAGGCAACCUACGGAUUCAUCAGGAGCGACGCCACGGUCUGGGGAGAGCACCCCGACGUAGCGCACCCCAGGAUUUUGCAGUGACGCUAAGCACCCCUCAGUUCAACCGGAUGGCGCCAACAUCAAGAUCUGAUGAACUACCAAACUCAACAUUGAAUGACUCACAAUCAGUGCAAGCAUCAAUGGCCAACACUUUGGCUUACCUGGGCAGUACUCUCGGAGCUUUCAAUACCUCUUUAACAGGUCCGGAAACGCCGAGUCGUCAAAGCGAGGCUGCUGAUGAUCUUCGUGCAGUACCGGGUCCGCGUCAAUCUAAUAGUCCUGACACAAUGUCUGAAACUGCAUCCCCACCUUCUCUCUAGCAAGUAAUAUGUGUAGCGUCAUUAGUGUAUAACAUGACCACUCAUUAUUGAAUAGAUGACGGUAUCGGAGCUAUAAAUAAGAAAAAAAAUUACAUUUAGGAGAACAAGAACAUAAUGUUUAAUUAAUGUGCAUGCAUAUUGAUACCAUAAGGAUUUUCACAAAAUCGGUGACAAUAACUUCUUCGAAACAUUGAUGUUUUUUCUCAAUAUGUUGUUGCAAAAUAUUCGAGCUUAUGUGAGUCUAGCCUUCAAUGAAAGCAGAAAUCGCACACAUACAAAUGUUACAUAGGUGCACUACAAAGAUAUGAAGUUAAAUGUAUCAAGUGUGUGGUGUUACUUAAGUGUGUACUGAUCGCGCAUGUAUUAAGUGCAUAUGUAAAUGAUAUAGUGAUAGAUCUUUAAGAAAUGCCUAAAGAAUGUCUACAAUGACAUCAUUGUGUAUCUGUCGACCAAAAUUUUUUCGACAAUACGCCUAUACAUAGGUGCAAGUAUAUUAUCAUGAAAACAAUAGAGACUGCUCUUAUAUGUAUAUGAGAGAGGAACUACGUCGAGUGUUUUAUUAUAUUGAUGUUGUCAAUGACCAGCUUUGGUUUCGACAACCAUAUAUUGGGUUGUCGAAGGGUGCCAAAAUUUCCCAUCCAAGUUCUCUCAAUGUUUGCCAAGUAGCUAAAGAUGUAUGUGGUCCGGCAUUGUCAUGGUGGAAGACGACGUCCCUUCUGUUCACUAGUUACGGUUGAUUUUUUUCAAUGGCUUGUUGUAAUCUUGUAAGUUGUUGGUAAUAGAAAUCCGAAUCAAUCGUUCUGUUGCAACUUGAAAUGCAUGCACCUUUUCCCAUCCCACUAAACGCAUAGCGUAAUUCUGCCACAGAUUUUGGUGUACAUUAUUGUUAUGUGAUCCAUUUUUUAUUAGUUGUGAGUACUCGUUUUAAAAAUAGUUAGAUUUCGUUACGUUUCCGUAGACUUUUGCCAAUGAAAAUAUAAUCGAAUGAUUUCUUUUGCGUCAAUUCGUGUGGCGCUCAAGCAUCGAGCUUCUUUUUGUAACCAGUUUUCUUCAAAUGGUUUAAAGCUCCUUAGUGGCGGAUGUUUCUCGGCGUCGUUAUGGCUACACAUGUGACAGUCUUGCUCUACUUUUGCAAUGAUUUUAUCAACCUUUUUCGUGAUUGGUCUACCAUUUUUCACAUUGAAACUUCGAACACGGCUGAAUUAUCUUUAGGCCUUUUCUUUUGGUAACGCAUAUUGAUCACAAAGAGCAUUUUUUUACGAGUCUGAAAAGCACUGUGCCUUUGUCGUAAUGGGACUGUAGAAAACAGCGAAUUUUUAUUAAUGUUCAAGGCGCUCUACCCUAAGUGUAAAUCAAGGUAUUCCAACGAUAUUAAAACAUCAACUACUGCCAUAUCUCAGCUUUAAAAUGGCCGACCAGUACCCGACGCGGCUCAUAUAAUCUGAGAUAUAUAAUUUGAAAGUCAUCUAACUAGAAAAACUUUUUCGACAACCCAAUAUAUAUUUUACUUUUUCGACGGAAAAUUCCAAGGUUGCGUGGCAAAAUGUUUGAAUUGGACUAGAUUGCCCGCAUUUCGACGCCAUAUUGUAACGAAAACUCGUACCAAUUUGCCCACAAAAAUGGGAUCCAAGUAACUUCGAGCAAUCUUGGAGCGUUUCUUCGCUUCUUGAAGUUCGCAUGUCCAAGUCCCCUAUAUAUACCAGAACGUGUAGUUUAGAGGCCAUAACUCUGCGUUAUCUCAAUCGAUUUUAACAAAUUCAACUUCACUGGAAAGACUAAGUAAUUAAGACGGAUCCUAUAUCUAUUUCUGCGUCUCUAUAGAAACCAACUUGAAAAGCUAAACUUCGAAAUAUCUAAAAAAGUUCUAAUUAUUUACCAAAUCGGCAAGUAGGAAAAAAAUGAAAUAUUACAGCAAUCACUAAAUAAAAACCAUAGUUUCAGGAACUGAUUUUUUUCAUCCGUAUACCAUAUCGUGUGCGCGUGCGCAUCGAAAUGAUAAACCAUGAUUUGGAAAGUGCGAGACAGCUUUCUUGAAUACUAAGGUGCAUAUGCUUCUCUGAAAAACCCUUAAUUAGCACACUCUAGCGAUACUUUGGUAGUACAGGUUUUAUCGUCACAUAGCAUCAUG